AUGAGAAUGUUUAGAUUUUUUGCUCUUUUAUAUCUUUCCUCUCUGAUAGGCACUAUUGAUAUUAUAAAUUUUAUUCCAUUUGGUAUUGAAUAUAAUGAUAAAAUCUUUGAACAAGAACUUAACAAUAUAACUGAUCCAAUAUUAAUCUCUAUUCGAUAUUCUUUCUUUAAUCAAUAUUAUGAUCAAAUUCGUAUUUCCUGUCAUGGUUUAAUUAUAUUAAGAAAUAAUAGUUGUUUAUCGUCGCUUAAAGCACCCAAUCAAUUUUCUCUUCAAGAUUUGGUAUAUGUCACAACGUAUUGGAUUGAUACAAAUAUCACAGACGAUUCAAUUAGUAAGAUUUUUUAUCGUGAAAUAUUACUUAAGAACAAACCUAAUACUCUUUCGCAAAUAAGUGAAACUCUACGUAAUGGAUUUUUUAAAUUAGCUGCUCAACGAAUGUUCUGGGCGUUUGUUAUCACAUGGUAUCAAGUACGUAAUAGUAAAAAUUGUACAGAUCAAAAUACUUAUCAAGCAAUGUUAACUACGAAUGGAUUUUAUUCAUUUAUUUUAUUUACCUAUCAUCAAUUACAAUGGUUAGAGAAUUCAUCAUGUAUUCAUUUACAAAUUAGAUUUAAUACUGAUGAUAACAUUAAAUAUUAUAAAUUAAAAAAAUCUUUUUCACCUGCAGUAAUAAGUUUUGUUAAUGAUUCAAAUAUUGGUAUACCGGAUCAAUUUGUUUUUCAUAUAUCAGGAAAUUUUAGUGAUAUACAAUGUAUAACAUCUACUAGUUUACAAAUUUCUCCAUUUCGAGACUCAAUUUAUAGUAGAUAUGAAUUUCAAUUGCAUGAUAUUAAAAUAAAAAUCGAACUAUAUGAUCGAGAAGAUAAAAUUUUGAUUGAUUCUACUGAAUUUCUUGCUCAUGUAUCAGAAGAUCAUGGUGAAUUAAUAUUAAGUAAUUAUGGUAAUCUCACUCAUCAAAUAGUUGAUCCUAAUAAUAAUGAAUUAAUUCUUCAACUUCAAUCGAAUGUUAUUACAUGUAAAUAUCUUUUUGAGAUUGUUAUAUAUGAUUAUAUCGGACAAUUAUCAUCUGAUAAUAAAAUUCUUUAUAAUCAUACUCAACAUCGUAUUGAUCUAGGAUUAGAUUAUUUUAAUUUAUCUUCUAUUGGUAAUAAUAUGAUUUGUCCUGUAAAAACAGAUCCGAAUGAUCAUGUUCAUGCAUUACAAAUUUCAUUUAAAAUGAAAAAAAUUCGUCAAUGGUUUCAUUCGGCUCUUUUAAUAGGUACUAAAAUCUUUACAGCUGCAACAUCAUUAUAUGCUGCUUAUUGUCCAGCUUGGUUAUUGAUGCAAGGUGAUCCAAAUCAAUAUAUUAAACAAAUUCCAGUUUGUCCUUGUCAAGUGCCAUCACAACCAUGGCUUGAAGAAUUUAUGGGUUUUCGAAUUGAUGAAGGAUGUGAUGGUCGAAAACCUAUUAAAGAAACAUGUCAUUAUCAUAGAAAAGCUAGAAGUUGUUAUCGAAAAAAAUCGGAUAGAAGUUGGUCUGGUGCUCAAUGUUGUUAUGAUGAGCAAGGUAAAUUUAUCGAACAUGGAAAAGAAGGUGCUGGAACACUUGAUGUUAUUUCACCAGAUGGAAACGGUUGGUUUGAAAAACGUUUAGGUAUGUUUGGUCAUUUAUUUUCUGAUUUUCUAUCGUAUUGGUCAUGUUGUCGAAAUUCUUUAACGAGCGAAGCAAUGUGCAAAGCUUAUUAUCAUUAUCGUCCUGCAGGACGAUGUGAAAACAUGACAUCAGAAUUAAUUGAAAUGCAUAGAAAUCCUUAG